UUAGCUCGUCUGCGACAAUGCGACCUGCUGCAGCGAAACGCAGGAGGACGAACGACGGAGCGCAACUAGCUAGCGACGACGAAGCAUCAGGCGCGACCGACAGCGAUGGGCUGGGGAUCACGGCAGAGCGCAAGCUAGACCCGGAAACCAACUUUGUCGAUGAUCCUCAGCCCGAGGAUGUGCACGCGGCUUUCGUCGAGCUUGGUCAGAGUCCGUGCGACAAAAUGAAGGACGACCUCAAGGGUGAAGGAUUGACAGACGAGCAAUGUCGGCUUUUGAUGGAAGACUACCACGAAAUCCUCUACCGCGGAGGAGUGUUGGAUGUGAUCAAGUCGGCAAAAAGGCGGCCUUCCUUCGAGAAGCCGACCGACAAAAUGGUCCUGGACAUUCAUCAUUACGGAAUUUGCAUGCCGCCGCCGUCCAUCAUGAACUUCUUUCUCAUCUUGGGCUUCUCUGUAGAUUUGCCUCGCAUCACGCGCAUAGUCAAAAACAACUGCCCCGAGUGUCGCUGGAUGGGUGAAAGACAGGAGCCGCAACGACGAGAGAAGAUCGACAUUACUCCUGUUUCGUAUUAUGAGGCAGACUGUGCAGUUUUUCAUGGAGCUGAGUGGAGACGCAGACUAG